UCCUGACGCUUUAAUUGAUAAACGCUUCACAGAGGAUUAAGUCCAAUGAAAUAUUCUCACGCUCAUAUUGGACUAUUUGCCGUCAAAACUAUGGAAAGUAAAACUGUGAUGUUGCCUGCACUUGUUCUUGCCUGGCUUGCGCUCGUUAACGGAUCCCCUGCAUCGAUAGAUGUUGGCCAGCUUCCCAAAGCAACAAAUGUGUUAUGGUCGUCUUACAAUUUCAAAACAAUUCUAACAUGGGGACCUAAACCUGUCAACUACACCUAUACAGUUGAAUUCUCAAGAGUUGGUGGGGACAGAGAGAAAAACCCUCACUGCAUUAGAAGCUCUGAAACCGAGUGUGACCUGACCAAUAAACUGUUGGACUUGAAGCAAACCUAUUCUGCUGUGGUGUUCUCAGAACCGCUGUCCGGACUUACGACUGAUCAUGAAGAACCUCCCUUCACCAGAUCAAAGUCAUUCUGCCCAUACAAUGACACUCUAAUUGGAAGACCUGAGUUCAAAAUAGUGGUGCGUGAGGACAAGAAGAUUAUGCUGCACAUAAGUGACCCAAUCACAGCUCUGUACAAAAAUGGAAGAUCUCUGAACAUUCGUGAUAUCUUUAUGAAAAAGCUCCAAUACAAAAUCGCGUACAACAAGGCUGGAAGCACAGGAAAAAAAAUACACAUUGCGGAAAAAAGUAAAGUGGAGUUUAAAACACUAGAUGUGGAUCAGAGUUACUGCUUCAGUGUGGCGGCAUACAUUCCCUCUCGUCGAGGAGACAAGAGGGUCGGGGCGUGGAGCCUCCCCAAAUGCUCCCCACAGGAGAAGAAGAGUGUGCUUGAGGAGUAUGGACUGCCUGUGAUUGGAGGAGCAGCACUUGUUAUCGUGGUUGUGUUUAUUGGUGUAAUUGUUCUUAUUGUGAUGUGCUGCAAACGAGCACAAAAACAAACCCUGAUGGCCAAGGAAGCUGUAGUCUAGAUUCUAGUAUACAGGAAUAUGCUGAUCAAGCACAGACUGGGACAUACAGCAGGACUGUUUUAACCCUUCUUGUUGCAUUUGUGCAUGCACACCUGCAGUGCAGAAAUGGACUGGUUUCUGUGAAACACUUACAGUACAUGAUAUGUUGUACAUAUCAAAGCCUAAUUUUUUUUAUGUUGUGGAUGAAUAGAACUGUAUAUUUUAUUGAAUAUCCUUAUUUAUUUCCUCAGAAAUACAUGGGUAUGUUAGCUGCUAUAUGUGAAUAUAUAUAUAUAUAUAUAUAUAUAUAUUAUAUUAGUUUUUAUAUCUAGAGGAACAAUAUUUAAUCAUAUUUUAAAUGUAAAUUAUAUUUGCUGGAAUUUCACUAGCAACAGCAAAUAAAUUAUUAUUCUUGA